CCCGUGUCAAGAGUAUUUGGAAACUGCUACACAGCACAACAGCGAAUAUCACCUGUAUUCUUUUCCUGUCUAGACAGAAAGCGAACAACAUCCAUGUCAUCUAUUUUACUCAACUGUAUGGGGACUGUCACUGACCAUUCUGAAUAUAGCGAACCAGAGGUCCUUUUCAAGAACCCACAGAUCCAUGUUAAAAACCCUCACUUGGACACAAUGGAAGAGGACAUUCUCUAUCACUUCAACCUGGGGACCAAGACCCACAACCUACCUGAGAUGUUUGGAGACGUCAAGUUUGUGUGCGUUGGCGGGAGUGCCAAUCGGAUGAAGUCCUUUGCUCAGUUCAUUCACCAGGAGCUGGCCUUGCCCGGAAACAUGGAUAAUGUCACAGAUAUCUGUGAAGGAACCGACCGCUACUCCAUGUACAAAGUGGGACCCGUACUUUCUAUCAGUCAUGGUAUGGGCGUCCCCUCCAUCUCUAUCAUGCUCCAUGAGCUCAUCAAACUGCUGCAUCAUGCCCGCUGCAUCGACUUCAUCCUCUUCCGCAUUGGCACCUCCGGUGGAGUCGGUCUGGAACCAGGAACAGUAGUGGUCACAGACAAGGCGGUGGACUGCUUCUUCCGCGCCCAGUUUGAGCAGGUGGUUCUAGGUAAGGUGGUCACCAGGAGCACAGAGCUGGAUGUGGGCGUAUCCAAGGAGCUGCUGCAGUGCUCGUCCGAGUUAGACGACGUGCCAACCGUCAUCGGAAACACCAUGUGCACCAGUGACUUCUACGAAGGUCAGGGUCGGCUUGAUGGAGCUCUCUGCUCCUUCUCCACUGAGGACAAGCUGGAGUACUUAAGGAAAGCCUAUAACACAGGAGUCAGGAAUAUUGAGAUGGAGUCCACCGUCUUCGCAGCCAUGUGUCGUGCCUGUGCCAUCAAAGCGGCUGUCGUCUGUGUGACUUUGUUGAACCGUUUCGAUGGGGAUCAGAUCUCCACCCCUCAUGAUGUGCUAGCGGAGUACCAACAGAGACCUCAGGUUCUGGUGGCCCACUUCAUCAAGAAACGCCUGGGCCUCAUCGUCUAAAGCUCACUCCGAUCACCUCUGCUGCCCAUGAACUGCACAUAGCUACAGCCUUGACUGUUACGUGGACAUACACGGAGUGUACAAAACAUUAGGAACUCCUUCCUAUUGAGUUUCACCCCUUUUGCCCCUGACUGAAGUGGAUUUAACAGGUGACAUCAAUAAGGGAUAAUAGCUUUCACCUGGUCAGACUGUCAUGGAAAGAGCAGGUGUUCUUAAUGUUUUGUACACUCAGUGUAUGUAUACAGUCAUGUUGAUAUGUUACGAUAUUAUUUAAAGUGUUCUAAAAGUACAUGAAGAUUUUACAGAUGUGUUGUAUCGUGUAUGAUUUGUUAAAUGAAGCUCAAAGAGUGGGCUCUUACGCAAUUGUGUGGUAUAUUUGUAAUGGUAUUGCAGUUGAAGUCGGAGGUUUACAUACACCUUAGCCAAAUACAUUUAAACAGUUUUUCACAAUUCCCGUUUUUCACAAUUCCUGACAUUUACUCCUAGUACAAAUUCCUUGUCUUAGGUCAGUUAGUCACCACUAACUAUCACCACUUUAUUUUAAGAAUGUGAAAUGUCAGAAUAAGAGUAGAGAGAAUGAUUUAUUUCAGCUUUUAUUUCUUUCAUCACAUCCCAGUGGGUCAGAAGUUUACAUACAUUCAAUUAGUAUUCGUCUCAUUGCCUUUAAAUUGUUUAACUUUGCAUUUUGGCCCAUUCCUCCUGACAGAGCUGGUGUAACUGAGUCGGGUUUGUAGGCCUCUUUGCUCGCACACGCUUUUUCAGUUCUGCCCACAAAUGUUCUAUAGGAUUGAGGUCAGGGCUUUGUGAUGGCCACUCCAAUACCUUGACUUUGUUGUCCUUAAGCCAUUUUGCUACAACUUUGGAAGUAUGCUUGGGGUCAUUGUCCAUUUGGAAGACCCAUUUGCGAUCAAGCUUUAACCUUAUGACUGAUGUUGCUUCAAUAUCCACAUAAGUUUUAUUCUCAUGAUGCCAUCUAUUUUGUGAAGUGCACGAGUCCCUCCUGCAGCAAAGCACCCCCACAACAUGAUGCUGCCACCCCCGUGCUUCACGGUUAGGAUGGUGUUCUUCGGCUUGCAAGCCUCCCCCUUUUUCCUACAAACAUAACGAUGGUCAUUAUGGCCAAACAGUUCUAUUUUUGUUUCAUCAGAUAUUUCUCCAAAAAGUACGAUCUUUGUCCCCAUGUGCAGUUGCAAACCGUGGUCUGGCUUUUUUAUGGCGGUUUUGGAGCAGUGGCUUCUUCCUUGUUUCUUCCUUGCUGAGUUUAUACUUGCGUACUAUUGUUUGUACAGAUGAACAUAGUACCUUCAGGCAUUUGGAAAUUGCUCCAAAGGAUGAACCAGACUUGUGGAGGUCUACAAUUUAUUUUCUGAGGUCUUGGCUGAUUUUCUUUUGAUUUUCCCAUGAUGUCAAGCAAAGAGGCACUGAGUUUGAAGGUAGGCCUUGAAAUACAUCCACAGGUACACCUCCAAUUGACUCAAAUGAUGUCAAUUAGCCUAUCAGAAGCUUCUAAAGCCAUGACAUCAUUUUCUGGAGUUUUCCAAGCUGUUUAAAGGCACAGUCAACUUAGUGUAUGUAAACUUCUGACCCACUGGAAUUGUGAUACAGUGAAUUAUAAGUGAAAUAAUCUGUAUGUAAACAAUUGUUGAAAAAAUUACGUGUCAUGCACAAAGUAGAUGUCUUAACCGACUUGCCAAAACUAUAGUUUGUUAAUUAACAAGAAAUGUGUGGAGUGGUUGAAAAACGAGUUUUAAUAACUCCAACCUAAGUGUAUGUAAACUUCCGACUUCAACUGUAUAUAUUGUGUUGCUUUUGACUACCUUGACUGUGUAGAUGAAAUUGUUGGUUUCUCUGUAACUACACUGAACAGAAAUAUAAACACAACCUGUAAAGA